ACAAAAACCCUCACAAUCAAGUUAAGAAUUAAAUAAUGGUUUCAUCUUCAGCCAGCUUCCUCCUGCCUUUCUUGUCAAUUCUUCUGAUUCUGCUUGUUAGCAGCAGUAAUGGAGCAAGAAGAGAGGCUGGGGCAGACCGAUAUUGGAGAAAUGUAGUGAAAGACAACUCUAUGCCCCAAGCCCUAGAAUACCUUCUUCCCCGGGGCACCAUUUCGGUGCCACCUCUAGUCCCCGAAGGAAAAGGGGUAAUCGACGAUUGUCACAAGGUGAAAAUAUCAGGCCUCUCAAAUGAGUUUGAACCGAGACCUAAUAUAUCUGCCUAUCCCGAAGACAAAAAAGAUGAAGCACGAGAAAAGAAAUCGUUUUCAGAGGACUUUGAGCCCAGACCCAAUAUAUCAGCCUAUCCCGAUGACAAAAAAGAUGAAGCACGAGAAAAGAAGUCGUUUUCAGAGGACUUUGAGCCCAGACCCAAUAUAUCAGCCUAUCCUGGUGAAAAAGAAGAUGAAACACAAGGAAAGAAGACGUUCUCUAAGGACUUUGAGCCUAGGCCUAAUAUAUCUGCGUAUCCUGGUGACAAAAAAGAUGAAACACAAAAGAACAAAUCAUUUUCUGAUAACUUUGAACCGAGGCCUAAUAUAUCUGCGUAUCCCGGUGACAAAAAAGAUGAAGCACAAAAGAACAAGUCGUUUUCUGAUAGCUUUGAGCCGAGGCCCAAUAUAUCUGCCUAUCCUGGUGAAAAAAAAGAUGAAGCACACGAGAAAGAGUUGCUUUCUAAGAACUUUGAUUGAAAAUAAUUGAAGUAGGCGGCCUGACUUGACGGCAAUAUGUCGACUUGAUUGGUAAAGAACUUGAAGCCAGGAAAGACAUGUGAUCAUGAAAAAUAAGUUGGUUGUAAAUUUAUCAUUUCUGCAUGUGUGACUAGAUUAUCUAUCCCGGUAUUUCUCUUUGUUUCCUAAUUAAUCUGAAUAAUAUUGUUAUGUAAUGUUGUGGGA